GUCGCGAUGCCUUCAGACGCGAGAUACGCGCACAACUGAAAAUGUUAACGCGCUCUGCCGGCUUCUUUUAUUCUCUUAACGACAUUUAUCUCAUUGAACGACGUUGAUCCGUCGUCGAUCUUUAUUUGACAAAGAAGAGCGAUUAAGUGUAACAGACUUUAUUUUCUUUUUUUCACGUGAGAAACUCUCGUACUAUUUAUUCGUUGUUAUUUUUAAACGACGAUUGUUCAAGACACAGAAAAAAAAAAAAACGUUGUCUUUGAUCCCGUGGAGGAUGUAAAUGAGAAAGAAGAUACUUAGGAAGACUUUUCGGUGACAAGUGAAACGGACACUCGAGUGAUCUCGAAUAAUAAAUAAUCUACCGUGAAGAAAAAUUGAGAAGGAGCGAGAAAAGGGACAGAGAGAGAGAGAGAGAGAGAGAGAGAGAGAGAGAAAGAAAGAGAAGAUUUAGCUUGUGCAGUGAAUCCCUUCGUGAUAAUUUAUUCGUCUCUUCGAUCGUGAUGAAGCUGCACGAGAAGAAGGAAUCGGGUAUCCACAGGAUACAAGAGGUACCGCUCGAGGAAUUGGAUCUGGCAAAAGAGUACAAUGUCGAGAAGACUUUAGGCGAGGGUAGUUUUGCCAAGAUUCUUCUUGCAAUGCACAGGGCAACACAAACGAGGGUGGUCCUAAAGGCGGUCCAUCAGGAACUCACCACCGAAAAGGAUUUCUUUCGAGAAUUCCAUUAUUCCUAUCAUCUCAGUCCACAUCCCAGUAUACUCUGUUCUUAUGCGGUCGCCUUUAAGGCCGAGAAAUGUUAUUUCUUCGCCCAGGAAUACGCGCCGUUCGGAGAUCUGUCCGGAAACGUGAAAGCCGGAGGAUUAGGCGAGGACGCCUGUAAGAGAAUCGCCGGACAAUUGGCUUCGGCUCUCGACUUCCUUCAUUCCAAGCAACUGGCCCAUCGAGAUAUUAAACUCGAAAACGUGCUGGUUUUCGCACAAGACAUGUCCAAGAUAAAGCUCUGCGACUUUGGUAGUACGAAACGCGAAGGUAGUCUAGUGAACAAAAUUAGAUGCACCUGGGUGCCAUUUCAGCCGCCUGAAAUCUACGAGGUUAUCAAGAACGAAAGGUACGCCUGCAAGAGAAGUGCCGAUUGCUGGCAAUUCGGCAUAGUCCUCUUCGUUUGUCUGACAGGCAAUCCACCCUGGCAGAGUGCCGACCUGAUCCAGGAUCCGGAUUAUUCGGCUUUUCAGAGAUGGCUCAAAAGACGUACCACCAAAAUACCACCAACUUUCAGACGUUUCACGCCACGACUUUUGAGGUACUUUAGGCGAGCCUUCGAGCACAAACCUGAGAAGAGACCGCACGUGACGGAAAUCAAUAAAUACCUAAAAGAUUCUUGGUGCAUCAGCAAAAUCAGUCACAGUGCUACAUCGACGUCGGUCGAUGUAAACGAAAGUCUAGCCAGGAGAGGCGACAGCCUUCUCUAUUUGGACACGAUCGUGGACGAUCGUCACAACGUCGACGAGAAUAAAAACAAAUUGAGAAAACUGUUAAACAGUUAUGGUCUCGAGACAACGGUCGACCAGAAAGUUGUCACAAAGAGGAUCUGGGAAUGGGUGAUGCAAUGCGAUUCUACUAUCCACGAUCCCAGUUUCAUAGGUGGAUUUGGUACGGAGAAUAUGUGAGAGAUGGUUAAAUCUUUCAGCGAACCCUGCUUGCAGAGUAUCAAGCAGGAACGCAAGUACAGCCUGGCAGAUCUCGACGUGCAAGUCGAGCGUGCGAAAUAAUGCCUUUAUGGCGAAUAAGCUUAGUAAGCUAUCGAACUGCAUUAUCCAUGACGUGGACGUCGAGUGCAAUUUUAUGCAUCGAUCACAUUUCCAACGUGUUCAGUAAUACCUCGUGUGAUAGACUUUAUCGACGGACCGAUAAUCGAUGAACUCUUCGCGUCUUUCGGGAUCGUUCAAGGGCGAUACCGAUAAAAAGCAUGACGAGGUCGUAAGGUCGCGCGAUGCAAGAGUGUACGAGUGACUUUAUCGACGAUGCAAGAAGAAGACAAAGGAGAGAGAGAGAGAGAGAGAGAGAGAGAGAGAGAGAGAGAGAGAGAGGGAGAGAGAGGGAGAGAAGAGAACAGCUAUUUCACAUCUUCUCUAUACCUUUCUUUCUCUUUUUCUUUCUCAUUAGUUGUACGAAAGAGUUUAGUCAGUAGAUAAAAAUGAAUGUGAUAUAGAGGAUGUAGUGAUCGUGACACUAUAAGGAUAACGAAGUGUCAGCAUGCCAGCCAAAGAGACAAUAAUAAAUGUCAGAUGAAACUUAAUAGUCAAAUACCUAUGUCCUUGUAAUCAGUAAACCGUAGAGAUGAAACGCGGAUUUUCCGCGAUUGAGCACGAAUUUUUAUCGGUCGCACUAAACUUUUCCUUUUCUUCGUGUUCAUUCUCUUUUGCACGCGAUCGAGGUCAAGGUAUCAAUUAGUAUCCUAAAAUAUUCACAAAAAAAAUGACGCUUCGAUGAUUGGAUAUAAUUACUAUUCGAAUACUAUAGAGGUUCUUUUGAAAUUAUAAUCAAUAUGAUAUCUUUCGAAUUCUAUCAAAGUAUUCCAUUAACCCGAAUAUUUAAACAACAAAUUCAGUAAACAUUAAAUAUCUUGACUAGACAGUUUUAUUGUAACGAGUAUGUAAUUUUGAAAAGCAUUUCGAAAAAAAAGCUCCUAUAUCAGAUAAAAUGAAAGGACAAAGCAAAACGGAUGCUGCAAAAUCGACUAGGAAGUUUGAUUGUUGUCUAAUCGAUAGAAAAUGCAUAUAUAUAAAUAUAUAUACAUAUAUAUAUAUAUAUAUAUAUGUAUGUAUAUAUAUAUAUAUGUAUGUAUGUAUAUGUAUACAUACACACAUACACACACAUUAUACAUAUAUUCUUGUAGGAAUUUAUAGUAAGAUGUAGAAAAGUAAGAGGAUGAAAAAUCUAGUAACGUUGUUCCUUAACGACGAUUGUACAUAGAAAAGAAAAAUUAGAGAGUAACUCUGCCUAAAAUACAAAUGUCCGAAUGCCGAACGUGUGUGCACCGAAAAAAGAAGAAAAAGACAAAGAGACAAAGAAAUAAGAAAAAAAAAAAGAAAAAAAAAAAGAAAAGAAAAGAAAAAACAAGAAGAAAACAGAACGCAAUCGUUAAUCGAGAAUCGCGAGAAAAAUGACGAAUGGCAUUUUUGGUGCCGACUAGUAAGUACCUAUCGCUCCAAAAUUAAUACUAUCUUUUAUAUACGCUAUUUAAUUACCUAGCAUAUGACAAUUGGAUUAUAUUUUGUCGUAAAAAUUUUGAUCGACUUUUCGACGAUUAUAAAUCCUGUCUCUCAGCAUGCAUAAAUAUUUCUUGAUACUUAUACUCUUCAAAUACAAACUCACAAAUAACAUCUUGACGCGUCAUGCAAUGAGUGGAUUGAUUGUCACCAUUGCAAAGCAUCUUUACAUACUGGCUAAAAGAGGAAAAAGAAAGAAAACAGGGGAAAAAAAAAGAAGAAAUAAAAUUGAAGAAAAUAAAAAAAAAAGGAAAAAAAAAACAGAGCUAAAAAAAAAAAAGAGAAAAAAUAAACAAGCUUCGCGUCAAUUCGUUCCUUGUUGUACUUCGUGGGUCCAAAAGUGAAUCGGGAAUAAAAUAAGACGUAUUUGUGAUAAUAAAAGUACGUGGGAACGACUUUGCAAGAGGCUAUCUUAGUGUUAACGUUCGGUUUUCGGAUCACUAACAAAAUAAAUACAUCCUUAUUGCUAUCGAUGAGCUAUAGACUGGGAUAUUAGAAAAGCUGUAAGAAAAAUGCCUCAUGACCAUUCAUCGUUUCUAUUUUCAAUGCUCGAAUAGUGUAUAUUAAAUACUAUAUCGAAUGAUUGCGAGUCAAGAUCGAUGACGAACCCUCGUAAUAAUUAAUCCGUUAGAUUGCUCCUCAUUAAUUGGCAUAAAUCAUGUUAAUUUUUUUUAUAUUCAUCGAUAUGUAUUACUCAAUGAACUUGCAAUUAAGAGAUCACAUAAAUGUGUGAUGUCAGAGCCAAUUAAUAAGCUUACAUAAUGUUUCGUUGUAUAUCAAUUUGUGUUGUUAACUAAUUUUUAAAAAUAUCGACGUCUUUGAUAACGUACCUAUUUAUUGGCACGACGAGUAUAAUUUUUUUUUUCUUUUUUUCUUACGUACGACCAAAAGAGAAAUUUGCCAAUAUUUUUUGCGCCAAGUUUACAAGGAUUAACAUGUUUCUGACGCCAGCCUAAUUUUGAGAGGUUCGAUGUCAUCGAUUUUUGCACAUUACGCGUACGAAACGUUGGAAGAGAACGAUUAUUGUAAAUAGAUGUGUGAGCGUACGCGUGCCAAACACUCAGGGAUCCCGAAUACGAGGAUUUCCGAACAGGUUUGUCCGCUUUUCGAGCGACAAGACGAUGAUUUAGAUGUAUUAAUACGAAGAAGAAAGUCGAAAGUUUGCGUACACGCGUUUCUACAUUUGUACGUUAAUCCUGAAGAUGUUUCAGUAGGCAAAACUCUUUGUAGAUCCUUUCUUAGAAGAAAUUAAACGCAAGAGUUAUUGAUUUUAAAAAUUGCCGAUGAAGACGAAGUUUGGACUACGUGGUGCGUGGCCUCUGUUAAACGUCAAGCAAUGUUUUGUAUAUAUCGAAAUAAACGUUGAAAUUAUAUAAAACAA